ACCGUCGAAAUUCCUCUCCCUAUAUAAAGAGACCAAGCCCCUUUCCAUUUCAUCCGCAUCCCCAAAGCAUCUUCCUUCUCGUUUUCGGUUCAUCAUCCUCUAACUCCGUUUCUUCGACGAUAAUGGCAGGAAUCAAGGUCUAUGGAGUCCCUUUUUCGACGGCCACCAUGCGCGCCCUCGUUGCUCUCUACGAGAAAGGUCUCGAUUUUGAGUUGAUCCCUGUUGAUCUGACCACCGGCGCUCACAAGCAGGAACCCCACAUCUCCCGCAACCCUUUUGGUCUUGUUCCGGCUUUUGAAGACGGUGAUGUGAAGCUUUUCGAAUCAAGGGCCAUCACGCAGUACCUAGCUGAGGAAUACAACGACAAAGGAAACCAGCUGUUCUGUCCUGGCGACAAGGUUGUGAAGGCAACCACCAGGCAGUGGAUGGAGGUGGAAGGUCAGCAUUUUGAACCGACCGCCAUGAAGCUGACCUUCGAACGGGUCUUCAAGCCCAUGCUCGGCAUGACCACUGACCCGGCCGCCGUUGAAGAGCUCGAAGGCAAGCUGGGGAAGGUCCUUGACGUGUACGAGAAGAGGCUUGGAGAGUCCGAGUACUUGGGCUGCGGCUGCUUCACCUUGGCCGACCUCCACCACCUCCCUGUGGCUCAUUACUUGAUGGGCACAGACUCGAAGAAGGUCUUCCAGGCUCACCCCAAGGUCAGCGCAUGGUUAGCCAAAAUCUUUGCCAGGGAGGCCUGGGCCAAGGUUCUUGCCCUGCAGAAGCCACCACAGUAGAGAGAGAGCUUUCAAGUCCGCUUGAAAGUUUGUCAGACAUCCCUAUGUUUAAAGCGUCCUUUCUACAGCAGAAAUAAAAAGAGAUCGAGGGUAGUGCUUGUUUGUGUGCCUUUUGUGUUAUGCGAUGGUGUUUUUAAGUGUUCUUGUGUUUCCCUGUUCAUAAGUGUGACUUUGUCGCCUUUGGAUUGUACCACUUCUAUGGUUUUUGAACGAUAUCCAGACUUUUCAUAUAUAUA